CUUCCGAUAACCGGGUACACCUGCGCCAUCAAUACUAUCUUCCUCGUAUACGAACCCUGGCACUGUGCUCUUACCUCAGCUCACGUGGAAUAAUCCUCAGAUAAUAUCCUCUGUGCCUGCCGGGUCAUUACGAGCUUGCGUGUCUUCAGCCUAAUCCCAAUGGCGUCCCUGACUCUAGUUGUUGAGCCCCGGGGCAAACCCAUCAAGAAGCUCCCCAAGCAGGUUCAGGUGUCCUCCAAUGCCUCAACCGCCGAAAUCUACAACAAGCUUGCGGAAGCCUCGGGCUUCUCCAUCCACCGUCUCCGGAUCACCAAGGGUAGCGAUCGCACUGUAGUCCCCAACUCCAAGGACUCAACCGUCGACGGAGUUGGUCUCAAGGAAAAGAGCGUCUUGCACGUCAAGGAUCUCGGCCCCCAACUUGGAUGGCGCACCGUCUACAUUAUUGAAUACCUCGGACCGCUCUUCAUUCCGGCUCUCUUCCUCUUCCCCCUCCGUCCAUAUGUCUACUUUAACUUCGACAAGCCACUUCCCGAGCCAUCGCAGUUCCAGCUCCUGGUCUGCGCCCUCCUGACCAUCCACUUCAUCAAGCGCGAAUACGAAACCGUCUUCGUCCACCGUUUCAGCAAUGCCACCAUGCCCGCGCGCAACAUCGUCAAGAACAGCGGCCACUACUGGGUCCUAGCCGGCCUGAACAUCGCCUACUGGGUCUUCCGUCCUGAUUCCCCCGCCGCCACCAUCCAGGACUCUUUCCUCCUCUACAGCGGCCUGGCAUUGUUCAUUUUCGGCGAGCUUGCGAACCUAAACGCUCACCUUGUGCUACGCGACCUGCGCCGUCCCGGUACCACGGAGAGAGGCAUUCCCUCCGGAUUUGGCUUCAACGUCGUCACCUGCCCCAACUACUUCUUCGAGGUUGUCAGCUGGGUGGGCGUCUACCUGCUGAGCGGAAUGAGCUGGAGUGUCCUGUUCUUCAUUGUCGUCGGUACCGUUCAGAUGGCUCUCUGGGCCAAGAAGAAGGAGCGCCGCUACCGCAAGGAGUUCGGUGACAAGUACAAGCGCAAGCGCUAUGUUAUCCUGCCUGGUCUGUACUAGGCAAGAGCAUGUUGCGUUGAGUAAAAGUACUAUGCGUAACGUGCGAGGUUGUCAACCUCGCAUACAUUUGUCUUGGCAUUGGCCAAGGUUUACUCGGGACCUUGCAUGUACCUCGACUGCGUUCGGGGUUAAGGUGUGGUGAG